UUAAUAAAAUACUUCAAUGAACCCUGAAAAGAAAAAAUUAAUGUAAAUUUUUUUUUUUUUACAAGUUCAACUAAUAAAAAAAAUUUUUUUUUUUUCUUACUCCGGAAGUACUUGGCAACAUCUCUUGCCAAGAAAGUAUUUAAACAUCCUGAAUUUCAAUCAUUCCUUUGAAAUUAUUUAUUCAUCAUUAUUUUAUCAUCCUAAAAUUUCUCACCCUUUUUUUUGCUGCGAAUUUUCUUGCAAUUAUAAUUAGUCACGCAUCUGAAUCAAGGGGAAAAAAAAAUUAAAAAUUAAAAUAAAAAAAUAAACAUGAUUCAAGAAACAAUAACACAUCAAGACGGUACUGCAAAUAACACUCAAUCUUCACAACUUUCUCAAAAGAAACUUAUUUUUGGAAACGUUUUAAAAUUUAAAAUGAAUAGCAUUCGAAGGAAAAAUGACAAACUUAAAUAUCAAUUAGAAGAAUGUAAUAAUAAAUGUUCUAAUUCUUCUCUUUGUAGCGAUACUCUUGAAGAGGAUCAAAAUUCACAAUUAGAAGUUGCAAGUUCAUCAACAAAAACUUUAACAUCAUCUUCAACUUCGGUUUCAUCAUCUUCGGAAAUUCCUUUACCAGUUAUUAACGAAUCUCAGCCUGUUGUCUCAACAUCAGUGAUUUCAUUUUCUGAUAGAGGUUCGAUAAAGCCGGAAUCAACGGCUAAUUCUUCGACUAAAUCUGCUUCCUUAUUUAGUCAUUUUCCCUGGAAUUAUAGUUCCAUUUUGAAACAUAAAUCUUCGACGACUUCUGACGCUUCAACGACGAUAAAUAAUAGCGUUGAUAAUAGUCAAGAAAUUCUUGUUCAUCAAGAAAAUCCUGUAGAUUCUACCAAAAAGAAGAAGAAAUUGUUUAGUUUUUCUAAACGUGAGCCCGAACCUAUUAAAAACUGGAAUAUUAAAAAUAAUAAUUAUUCAAAUUCUACAGUAAGUACUAGUAUCGAAAGUUCGGAUAUGGAUCAAAAUGAUUCUGCUUAUGAAACGGAAACAGAUAGUUAUUGUUGUAUGAAGAAAAAAGAGAAGAAAGGGAAGAAAAAGAGCUCAAAAUCAAUCAAGACAAUCAAGACAAUUAGAAGGACGAAAUUGAAAACACUUUCUCCAAAAGAUGAAGAAUAUAUCGAGAUUAAAAAACUCUUUCAAGCUGGUUUACCAAAUAAAAAUAUCCUUGGUAUAAUACGUUUACAAAUGCCAACAAGACUUAUUAAAGCUCACGAACAGUUUAAAAGAGAGUUGGCUCAAAACAACAUUACAUCAGAAUCUCAGAUUUGUCAUAGAAUGUUUCACGGUACUAAGACCGCAUUUAUAUGUAAACCUCAACAUUUUAUCAAUAAUAAAUGUGCUUUAUUUUGUAAAAUUGGUUGUGGAGUUUGUGGUAUCGUUCAAGAAGGCAAUAAAACAAAAUAUUCUCGUUAUAAUCAGAGAAUGUGGUUCGCGAAUAAUUCAGCCACAUCGCUAAGUUAUUGUAGCAGUAAUAACGUAAAAGCUAUGUUUGUAGUUGAUGUGGUAUCCACUUCGCCAAACUCAAUAUUGAUAAUUGAGAAAGAUGAGGCCACAAUCCCAAGGUAUCUUAUUGUCUUCCAAUGAAUAAUCUCGCAGGCACAAUUUGAUUAGUUAUAAUUAAUUGAGAAAAAAAUGCUUGACGCAUUUUUUGAUCUUUUCAUCCUAUUUCAAUAUUUCUCCUUUAAAAUACUUCUUUCACUUUUAAAUUAUUUUUUCAUUCCUAAAUCUCCCCCUUCCGGUUGAACUAUGUAUAUAUCUUGCUUAUUCAACUAUACAUUAUAUAUGUGAUGUAUGUAUGUUAUAUAUAUAUAUAUUGUAUAUUAUCAGG